AUGGAGCAGGAUGACAUUCCCGAGCGUGUCCAUGCGCUUGAAGGCCAAGUACAACAAUUGCUUGCCCAACAGCAGGGCUUUGACACCCAGUUGAAAGACUUUGGGAACCAGCAUACACAGCAGAUCAGUGCACUGCAAGGACAGAUCAACUCACAGUCUCAGCAGUUGCACGGCCACCUGGAAAAUCAGAACCAAACAAUCCAAUCCCUCUUCGAGCAGCAAAUGUCGCAGAUUAGAGGUCUCUUGGCAAAAAGACCACGAGAGGAGGGGAACAUCAGAUGGGCGCAAGUUUUGCUGGUGUUGCUCGUGUUCAGAAUUGGGGAAGCCGCCAAUCCUGGCCCGCCUGAUGCUACUUUUUCAAUCGGAGCCUUCAAUCCCAGUGGGCUCAAGGGAAAAGCACCCUAUUUAGUUUCACAACUUGCCCAAGGGGAUAUUUGGGCUGUCUCGGAGACCCACCUUUGCCGGCAGACCAUGCAGGCAUUUCGCUCUAGCUUGCAUUUUGCACAGAGCCCGUACAAGUAUUGCGUUGGAGGCCAUCCAGUGCCUUCUCAAUUUUGCAGACAGUUUCACAACGCCUGGAGAGGUGUGGCUAUCAUGUCCAAGCACCCAACUCGUGCCUUGCCAACCAAUUGGCAACCUGCCAUUGCGGAAUCCUCCCGUGCCUUAAUUGCAGCCACACUGCUACAUGAUGUUUGGAUCACAGGGGGAGUGGUUUAUGGGGCAUGUGCUCAGGUUCCGUUUCCAGUCCCAAAGCGUGCACGUGGGCGUGCCGCCACUCAGCAGACCAAACCGGUUAAGGUCGUGCCAUUUGUGCCACCACCUGGUUUGGUUGCCGAACAAAUCUUUGACUCUAUGGCCAUUGCCUUCCGUGCCUUGGAGUGUGAACUCCACAAGGCUUCCGGCCUUUAUGCAAGACAGAAGAGGGACCAGAAUCCAAACAUGAUUUUUCAGGACCUCAAACCGCAUGCUGACAAAGGAGUUGGCAUUCUCACGCGCGCCCGUCAGACGCGCAUUGUGGAUGUCAACCAUGCCGAGGAAGCCAUUGUCUUGGAACCUCCCAUUAGGUUUGAAAGUGAACACGCGAUUUACUGUAAUGGUAAAGCCCUCACGCCCAUCCAUGUUGAAGAUGAUUGUUUAUGGCUUGAAGACACCAGUGACCUUCAAGUAGGUAUGCCAAUUUCUCAGCCCAUCUUUCAGGGCACUGACCAGGAAUUGUUUACCCUCUUUAGCGAAGCAUGGAAACAGAUGUGGGAUAGGCACAGGCAUGUUUCACCAGACAGAUGGGCACAGAUUUUGAGUUUUGCACGCCAACACUUGCCUCGUGGCUCUUUCUCUUGUGCUCCCUUGGAUGCACCCCAGUUGCAGCACUGCAUUGCCCACAAGAAGGCCACCACGUCUGGAGGCCUGGAUGGUGUUUCACUGGUUGAUUUGAAAGCGAUGCCACCAGCUGCCCUAACCAAUUUCAUCCAUAUGUUCCAAGAGGCUGAAGAAACGGGGGAAUGGCCCAGUCAGGUCAUUGCCGGUCUGGUCCCAACUGUUAUGGACGAUCGAGUUGGCUUACCACUCUGUGCCCUGUCUGGAAUGCAACGUAGGUUUCAGGUGAAUGGCAGCCUUGGUCCCCCGAUCUCUAGCACAUGUGGGCUGCCGGAGGGUUGUGCUCUUUCCUGCGUUGGAAUGAUGGUUGUUGACAUGAUUUACCAUGCUUGGAUGCUGCAUUACUUCCCAUUGUGCCAGCCCCUGUCAUAUGUGGACGACUGGCAGGUCCUCCUGACGGACCCUGCCAACCUGUUGCCAGCGUUUCAGUGUCUUGAGGGUUUUGUGCAAGCUAUGGACCUUUCCCUUGAUCAGCGGAAAACAUCCACAUGGUCCAUCACUGCUGAAGGUAGACAAUGCAUUCGUAGGCAGGGUUUUGGCAUGGUUGCUUCUUGUAAGAACCUGGGGGCGCAUGUUCAAUUCACUAAGCAACACACGAAUAAAACCAUGAUGGACCGUGUCGCGAAAGUGAGCCCGUUGUGGGCCAAGUUGCGCCUCUCCCCGAGUGCAUAUCAACAGAAAAUUCGGGCCAUCAAAUGUGCGGCUUGGCCCAUGGGUUUGCACGGCAUUGCCGCCACCACACUGAGUCUGGCUACCUUCCAGUCCUUGCGCGCAGGGGCCAUGAAGGGGUUGAAAGCAGAUAGCCCAGGCGCCAAUGCAUGGGUACAGCUAGGGUUGAUUGAGAAGUGCUCCACAGAUCCUCAUGUUUGGGCCACCUUACAGACCUUCAGAUUGACCCGGGAUUGUGGUUCACAACCAAGGGUGGAGGAAGUCAUGGCCGAAAUUGCUGUAUCAGUAGCUGUGACCCUGACGCCGCACGAAGAUGGUUGGUCGGUCAUCCUGGCUUCCUUUGAUUGGGUUUCACCACCAGGUAGCAGUAGGGAGCUGGCAGUCGGGCAUUUACCUGGGAUUUUGCAAAGUGCGGUGCGCGCCGAAACCUUUGCUGUUUUGCAGGCCUUGCUCUUGACCCAAGACCAUCCAGACUCGGUCACCAUUUGGACCGAUUGUGAAGCAGUUGUUAAGAAGUUGCGCCGUGUUUUGGCCGGACACGACAUUGUGCCGCCGCAGGAGAUGGAACUCCCAACGCCUGACAGUCGGUGGAAACUGCCUCCCCUUACGGUGCCUGCAGCAGCAGUCCGAUGGUACGGGGACACUAUUGUGCGCCUUUUAACCAGUUGGCUCUGGCAAUCUGUUCAGACCAGUUCACAUCCGGUGGUUUGGAUAUCGCAUUUCCAAUUGUACGUGGAUUUCAUGGCCUCGACGGGCAACCCUGGCCCAAUUCAUCGAAGCAAGUGGCUGAAUGGAGCAGAUAUCCCUAACUUAAGCCUGUUAGGAUUUGGUUUCAAGCAACGCACGAG